AGCGCGAAACCACACACAUAAAACCCUAAAAACCCUACACGACAUAUUGCAGCGAGCCUCCGUUCGGUAAAAGCUCCCUCGUUUUAGCACAGCAAGAGCAGAAGAAUGCGACCUCCAAGAGGCGGCGGUGGCUUCAGGGGAGGCCGUGACGGUGGUUUUGGUGGUAGAGGAGGCGGUCGAGGCGGCGGUGGCUUCAGGGGAGGUGGUCGCUUUGGUGGUCGCGGCGGCGGAGGGUUCCGUGAUGAGGGUCCUCCAUCUGAAGUAGUUGAGGUUUCAACUUUUCUUCACGCAUGCGAGGGAGAUGCAGUGACAAAGCUCACAAAUGAGAAGAUUCCUUUUUUUAAUGCUCCAAUCUAUCUUCAGAACAAGACCCAGAUAGGCAAAGUUGAUGAAAUUUUCGGCCCUAUCAAUGAAUCCUACUUCUCGAUCAAGAUGAUGGAAGGAAUUGUGGCCACCUCAUAUGCUUCUGGGGAUAAAUUUUAUAUCGAUCCAGCUAAACUUUUACCUCUCGCGAGAUUCCUCCCACAACCAAAGGGACAGUUUGCCNAGCACAGCAAGAGC